AUGGAAACUUUUCGCAAUAUCCAGAAUCCAAUACCUCCGGUUCUCUUGCAACCCUCCAAAUGGCUUUCUAUUUAUGAAGACUUUGUGACCAAGAAUGCCAGUUCGGUUGGUCAAGUCGAGUCAGCACUAAGAUCUUUGACUUAUAUCAUUCCAGGUGAGAUGUUAUUCGAUCUGACCUUGCAGCUGUUGAAGAAACUAACAAAUACUUUCUAUCAGGGCGAUACCGCGAGUCAGAGAUACCCUCAGAAUGUGUACACUCCGGUGUGCAGUUGUUAUCGCUAUACCAUGACUCUCUCGUUUCGCGAGUUGUUGAUCGGCUUCCGUCAACUGUCCCCCGGCCGCCGCCCACUCCCCACUCCCGGUAUACCAAAUACUGGGCCUUCUCGCUCCUCGCUGUAUCGCCAGGUAGCGCUUGCGCUACAGAUGCUCCAGUAUACCGAGCUUCUCUGGGAGAUGGCGGCGCGGCGGCGCGGCCAGAAAACCCGUUGGCGCGUAGUUAUCUUCAUUGAAUUCGCAAAGGCAGUCUGCCGCUUGCUUCUUCUACGAUUGACUAACUCCAGACCGCUCGUCAGUCCUCCACUCCCAGAGCGCGAGGUAGAUCCAAGAACGACAGAAGAAGAGGAACCACAGAGGGACUGGAAUGGAAUGGACACUCCGGUCAGCGAUCGGUCUUCAGACUUGAGUUGGACGAUGCCUCGCACGGGACUUUCCCUUCCGUCUCUGCCCGACGUAAACGAUGUGUCGAACUAUCUCAUCUCCAAAGUGCUUACGGCAGAUGACAUCAAACCCCCGAAGGCCCUCCUUCACCGGGCCACGGGGCAAGGACAACUGGCUGAAGUGCUAUACAUUCUUCGGCCUGUCGUCUAUGCAAUGGCGAUGCAAAAGUGGAGAGGUGAUAAGCGAAGCUGGCGGCCAUGGCUUAUUGGAUUUGGGAUGGAGUAUGGCUGCCGCCAGCUCGCAAAGCGGGACUUCCGUGAACGGGUCGCUGGCGGUCUUCGAGGACUCACAGGACUUGAGCGAGAGGAAUUGAAGAAGCGUGGAUGGUCAAUGGGCUGGUGGAUGAUGCGAGGCGCUUUUUACGAAAACAUCACCAAGUCCUGGCUACACAGUUUAACUGGAAAGAUGAAAGGCAAGCCAUUGUUGGACUUGGUGGGCAGUGUUGUGGAAGACUAUGAGUACCUUUGGGACAACUUCUACUUCUCGACUGCUACACUGUGA